CACUCCCUCAAAAAAAAAAAAAAAAAAACCACUCAGCACUGUCGCUUCCCCGUUUCAAAGGUACUCCCCGGUUUGGUUUCUCGUGCCGCGGCUGCAGUAUCGUACCGACUUCAGCCGCCUUUUCUCUCUAAAACUCUUCAACCAGACACAGUGAGAGCUCCACAUCACCAAGGCAACAUGGAACUUUCUACGGAAAACUCAUGCUUGGAAGGUGAUAGCAAUGCAUUAAUCUUGCCUGCGAAGAAGAAAAAUAACAAAAGGAAAGGCAUGAAUUUGGAAACCGAAAAGAAAAAUAAACAGCCUAUGUUGAGUAAAUCCCAGCAAAGAAAGUUAAAGAAGUUGGAGGAGGAGAAGGAGAGAGAAUCUUUGCUAGAAAAAAGCAUUGAGACUUUGGAGAAAUAUAAGAUACCAGAGAAUGCUCUCUCUCUUAUGCGAUCAUCAAGAAAUAUAAGACGGGCGGAAACUGUUAGAGAAAAACGCAUUAUGGCAGUACAAUUAUUCAAGGCUGGUUUGGAAGUUCCAAAUAGUGAGGGUUCUUCCUUUGAGACUGAAGCCGAGUCUGAACAUUUUUACUCAAGGCAGGCUAUGAAUGAGGAUGACCAUCUGCUGCAGCCGGUGGUAAGAGAAACAGAAGCUACAAAUGACACUUGUGAUCUAUCAGCUAGUUACAGUUAUGGAGAGCUAGGUGGUGGCAAUAAAUCUGGCUUGGAUGGUCCAUCUGUUUCUCUCUUUUCUGCUGAAGAAUUUUGCAGCCAGGAUAGUCAUAGUCCUAUUCAAGAUAAAUCUAGGAAUUUCACCCUGCCUGCCUGUCGGCACGAUAAUAAUGAAGCCUCGCAGUUAUUGGUUAAAUCAGAUGAGAUAUUAAUUGCAGAUUUUGCAAAGGCCAGUCGUUUAGCAGAUUGUCCGUUGCAAAGACCUAUCUUGAUCCCUACGGUGGUCCAUGUGGUUAGGCCAAAUAAGGUGGAAGAGCAAAGGAAGGAUCUUCCAAUAGUUAUGAUGGAGCAGGAGAUAAUGGAAGCUAUAAAUUAUAAUUCCACUGUUUUAAUCUGUGGAGAAACUGGUUGCGGAAAAACUACUCAAGUUCCUCAGUUCCUUUAUGAAGCAGGUUUUGGGUCAAGCCAGUCUCUUGCCCGAGGUGGUAUUAUUGGAGUUACUCAACCACGCCGUGUUGCUGUCCUUUCCACAGCUAGACGUGUGGCAUAUGAGCUCGGUGUCCCUCUCGGUAGGGAGGUUGGGUUUCAAGUGAGACAUGACAAAAGGAUUGGGGACAAUUGUGCUAUCAAAUUUAUGACUGAUGGAAUUUUACUACGAGAAAUACAGAAUGAUUUUUUACUGAAGCGUUACUCCGUCAUUAUUCUGGAUGAGGCUCAUGAGAGAAGUGCUAACACAGACAUACUUAUAGGAAUGCUAUCUCGUGUCAUUGUACACCGCCAGAAAAUAUAUGAGGACCAGCAAAAGGUAGUGCUUUCUGGACAAAGCAUAACCCCUACAAAUAUGAUAUUUCCACUCAAACUUAUCCUGAUGAGUGCCACCUUGCGAGUAGAAGAUUUUAUUUCUCAGAGAAAGUUAUUUCGGUAUGCUCCUCCUGUCAUUGAAGUUGCUACCAGACAAUUCCCUGUAACUAUGCAUUUCUCAAAGAGAACAGAAGAAGUGGAUUACAUUGGCCAAGCCUAUAAAAAGGUCAUGUCAAUUCAUAAAAGGCUGCCACAAGGAGGCAUACUUGUGUUUGUAACAGGGCAGAGAGAGGUAGAGUACUUAUGCCAGAAGUUGCGGAAAGCAUCGAAGCAACCAACUUCUAGAGCUGCUGAAAGGAAUGUAAGGAAUGAAAUCCCCACAGAAACUGAAAUGAAUCUGACUGAAGGAAUUAGCAUGAAGGAAAUUUAUGGGGCAUUUGAGGCCGAGGAUAAUUCAGAUGAACAUCAAACUGACAGAUUUGGCUCCUUCAGUGAAGAUUUGACAGGUUUUGCUGAGGAUGACUCGGAAUUCUCUUAUGAUUCUGAAACAGAGAGUGAAGUAGAAGUUGCUGGUGAUGAUGUAGAUCCUGCGGAUCAGAUCAAUGAAAAUGGUCAUAAUAUCUUAGAUGUCUUAGGGGAGGAAGGGAAUAUCUCGUCAUUGAAGGCUGCUUUUGAAGCAUUAGCCGGAAAAACUGCAUCAGACACUAAUUCUGAGGGAAAACAAAUUCCUUCUAUUCCAGAAGACAGCUUUAAGCAAUCCAAUCACAAUGUAGGAAAGAAUGGUGGAGGGAAUAAAGGUCUCUUUGUUGGUGCACUGCAUGUUUUACCUCUAUAUGCCAUGCUUUCGGGAGAGCAACAGUUACGUGUAUUUGAAAAGAUCAACGAAGAGGAGCGGCUUGUAGUUGUUGCUACUAAUGUUGCUGAAACCUCUUUAACUAUCCCAGGAAUAAAGUAUGUUAUUGAUACCGGAAGGGAAAAGGUGAAGAACUACAACCCCUUAAAUGGCAUGGAAACUUAUGAUAUACAAUGGAUAAGUAAGGCAUCAGCUGCUCAACGAGCAGGAAGAGCUGGGAGAACUGGACCUGGCCACUGUUACCGUCUUUACUCGUCUGCAUGCUUUAAUAACACACUUCCUGAUUUCUCAUGUGCUGAAAUCUCUAAAAUGCCUGUUGAAAAUGUUGUUCUUAUCCUGAAAUCCAUGAAGAUCAGUAAGGUGGAAAAUUUCCCGUUUCCUACUCCUCCAGAAGCCAAUGCAUUGAGAGAAGCAGAACGUUGCUUAAAGACUCUUGAAGCACUUGAUGACAACGGAAGAUUGACAUCCCGCGGAAAAGUCAUGUCUUUUUAUCCAAUUAGUCCUCGUCACUCUCGAAUGAUUCUUACUGCUAUUGAAAUUUUGAAGAAGAAAAAAGUUUCCAAACCAAAUCUGGUUCUAGGAUAUGCAGUUGCAGCAGCUGCGGCUUUGAGCUCGUCUAAUCCUUUUCUGAUACAGUUUGAGGGAGGUAGCAAUAAUAACAAAUCCUCAGAUCAGGAUGGAAGAUCGGGCAGCUUAGACAAUGAGAAGAUUUUGGAUAAGCAGGAAAAGCUGAUGAAAAAGAGACUUAAAGGAACAUGUAAAACUGCUCGUGAAAAGUUUUCUAAUCUUAACAGUGAUGCUCUCACUAUUGCUUAUGCAUUGCAAUGUUUUGAACUUUCUGGCAGCUCAGAAAAUGCCUUCCAUCUGAAAACAAAGAGAGAAGAGUCCAAGCUAAGAGAAAAUUUUUGCAUUGAAAAUGCCUUGCAUCUGAAAACAAUGGAAGAAAUGUCCAAGCUAAGAAAUCAGCUUCUUAAACUAAUUUUUAGUAAGAAUGUUGAUCAUGGUGUCGAGCAGGAUUUCUCUUGGACUCAUGGAACUCUGGAGGAUGUAGAACAAGCAUGGAAUGAUUCAUCCAGAAAGCUUAAAUUAAAUGAGGAAGAGCUAUUAUGCCAAGCUAUCUGUGCUGGCUGGGCUGAUAGAGUUGCCAAACGAAUCAGAGGUCAUUCAAGGUCAUCUGAAGGAGACAGAAAUGUAAAUUCUGUUCGGUAUCAAGCCUGCUUUGUUAAAGAGGAAGAUGUAUGUCUUCAUCGCUGGUCAUCUCUUUCUCGUUCGCCUCCUGAGUUUUUGGUAUACAACGAACUGGUGUGUAGAAAACGGCCAUAUAUUCAUGGAGCAACAAGUGUGAAACCAGAGUGGCUUGUCAAAUAUGCUAGGUCUUUAUGCAGUUUUUCUACUGUUGAUGACCCAAAACCUUAUUAUAAGCCUCAAACUGAUCAAGUAUACCGUUGGGUCACUCCAGUUUUUGGGCCUCGUCUGUGGAAGCUUCCACUGUAUAGUCUACCGAUUACCAGCGACAUGGAUCGUGUGAAGGUUUUUGCCUAUGCGUUGCUGGAAGGACAAGUUUUACCAUGCUUAAAAUCCUGCAGGGAAUAUAUGGCAGCCCGUCCUAGUAUCAUUUUAAACCAAGAAGCUGCAGGUGAAAGUCGGGUUGGGAACCUACUAUUCAAGUUAAAGACAAAUUUGAUCGAUUGUCGUGCAAAGUUAAGGGAGGUGUGGAAACAAAAUCCUGAAGAACUGUAUUUUGAAAUUCUAUGUUGGUUUAAGAAAAACUCUCACAAUAAACUUGGAGAACUUUGGUCAAGAAUGCAUAUUGAAGUUGAGCUAGAGCCUCGUAAACGCUUUAGCAAUAAGGUGGAUGGAUGAAUGUUUAUUUUGUUGGGGAGGACUUGAAUGCUGUUAAUGCCAUGAGUACGCGAUGGUAUUAUGAUUGUAGGGCGAGCAAAAGAAAAGUUUGCUCGUCUUCUUCCUUUUGUAGGUGAAGCUGUCAUUGUUAGCUAGGAGCCUGGAAGCAUCGUCGGUUCUUUAUUUAUUAGUCCGAGUGUAAGGUAAUGUUACGCCCUUAGCAUCAGUUCUUUCGGAAACGAGGUUCUAUGAUUUUCAUUACAGUUACAAAAUUUGGUAGCUAGAUUUAAGUUAAAGUUGCAAAAUUUUGUUCGCAUUUUUUCUGGAAAUGUAUAGGUAAGUUAUUAAGUUAUUGGCCCCAGUUGAAUGUGUAUUGAUUUGGUGUUUGAGUCGAUUAUUAAGAAUGCAUAAGCAUGUUAGAAAUGACAUCUGAACUUCCCAUUACAUUUAGCAAAUGCAUUGAACUUGCCCUUUUCUUAA